AACCCAAAGAAGAAGAAGAAGAAGAGCAGAGCCGAGGUGUUCCUCCUCGUUUGGACGAUUUCUGCAAAAAGCGCGAAAUAUUCAUCUAGUUAGCGGAUACAUGUGCUCUUAUGAAUUUUGUAUUGGGGGGUUAAAAGCUGUAAACUGCAUAAACUUGUUGUUUUGGUGUGCUAAUCCUCCUGUUAGCCGCCGAGCCAGCCGCAGGAAGGUGGACGGAGGUUGAAAUGUCGAGACCAAGGUCACGAUCACCCCGUUACAGAACGAGCCCCCGGAGACAUGAAGGUGUCGGAGGCUAUUCUCGCAGGUUCCCAUGGGAUGAGCCUGACUUUGACCCUCAGAAGGUGCUGGCUGAACUGGACGGGGUGCCCAUGGACAGGAAGCGCCACCCAAGAGAGGAUCUCGAAGAGCGCUGGAGCUACUUAAGAGAGGACGCCCGCUCAGACAGCCGGAGGAGAUCCCCUCCCUUCCCAGACAGCCGCCCGCCUGGCCUGCAGCAUCACCCGGAACCGGAGGAGUUCUACCGCCGGACGCCGCCGCCCCAUCCUUAUGAGCUGGACUACGCCGAGCGCAGGAGGCUCUCCCCGGACAGGCGUGAAGUCGGAGGAGAAGGAGAGAGAGGAAGAGGAGGAUUUAGAGAACACUAUAAGGGAUUUGAAAAUAGGGGGAGGCUGUCACACUCGCCUCAGAGGCUGAGCAGGGAGCGGCUGCCGUCUGCGCCUCAGUCACACUUAGAACCAAGGGAAGCUGCCGUGGGCUGGAGGAGAGAGGAGCAGGGCAGGAGCAGAGGGAGUCCCAGGCCGAGGUCAGAUGACCACGCUGGGGGAGAGGGCAGGGAAAGAGGAAGGAGAGAUGCUCAGGGUCUGAACAGAGAGAGACGAAGGGAUGACCCACAUCAGGAGAGGAGCCCCCCUUUUAAAAGGCACAGGAGAGAAAUGGAUGACUCCGUGCACCUUGGGUACGGGAAAGAGGAGUUUAGGGAGCAGCGUUUCUCACCCGAAAGACUCAGAGAUGAGUUUGCAGGAGGCAGCCGUGGGCGCUUUGACGAGUUGCGGCCCCCAAAACCGCUUGUCGUUGAACAUGAUCACGGCAUAGCCAAAAGCAGAGGGCCGCCGCGGUGGGAACAGUUCGACAGUCGCGAAGAGCGCAACCCGGACUUUGAUCGAGAGGAGCGAUUCAGGAAGUCGAACAGCAGGUCCGACAUGCGGGAAGAGAUGAGGGGACGCCAUAUUCAAGAGGACAGGAGGAACUUUGGAGGUGAAAAUAGGAGGAGCCCUGUGAUGCAAGACAGAAGCAGCCCUAUGGGGUUCGCUGGCCGAAAUGGUCUGACAAACAACAGGGGCAGGAGCGGCCCCCAGCCGGGGAGAGGGAGGGCGAACCGUGGCCGGGGUGGAAGGACUGAAACGGGGCCUCCUAGGAACCACCAUCGGUUCCAGCAAUUCCCCGACAGAAGGCAGGAUCUUCCUCAGGAACGUCAGAGGCCAGCGCCCCGGCCUCCAGAGGAAGACUAUGUCGACCGCAUGGAUGCAGAGCCCACCUGGGCAGAGGAAACCGCUCUUCGGCAGUGGGAACGUGAAAGGCCUGGUAGUGGAGACCGACACCUACCAAGGAAUGACUUGGACCCCAAAAUGCCCCGUCAGAGGGAGCAAAGCUGGACCGUUCAGCAGAAAACCAGCGAGACACUGACGAUCAAAGUGGACAUGAGCCGACCGGUGAACCAAAACAGCAUGCUGUGUUACUCCUCAGACAGGCAGCUGUCGUUAGACCUGGUCAACGUCGGCCGGCAGCGGCUCGACUUCCUGCCCAUGCUGGAGCACUCGGGGACGUACCGCGAGAGCGCCAUGCACACGGGCACGUUCGCACAGGAAAUCAUCACCCUGGUGCACCAGGUCAAAGAGCACUACUUCCGAGGUGACAGCAUCACCCUGAACGAGCGCUUCUCCGCUCCUCGCGAGGGCGUCUUCGCCGAGGAGGAGGAGGACGACGAGGAGGAGCAGCUGGUGGUGGCGGAGGGAAGGCCCAUGUUCAGCAGAGGCUUCAGCACAAAUAUGAACAUGCUGCCUGAUGAUGAGCCCCUGUUUAUCAGCACAUCACAGCUACAGUCCUCGAGGCUGCAGCCGCUUCGAGACCCAGGAGACCUGAGGCACGACCUGGAGAGGAAGAGGCAGGAGAGGCUGGAGGGGGUGAAGGUCACCAUACCAGGAGGCAGUCUGUCACAGCGCCCCCUGGGGCCCGUCAGUGAGCAGAGCGGGGAGUACGCCGACGAGGACGAGGCGGCUCAGCUGGACGAAGCCGGAUUCUCCAGCUGGUCGGAGGAGCCGGGAGGCAGGAGAUGGGCAGGAAACGCGGGACCCAGGAGAGGAGGCAGCUACAGACAGAACACAGGCUCACAGCGCAGGAACAAUCGCCUCGGCAACCGACUCGGGCCAAUGAGACGACAGAACAACCGCAACAGCUCGGCAGGUUCCAGCUGGUGAUUGGAUGACAGAAAGGUAUUUUAUUCAAUCACAGGUCAGUCGUGCUGCCGCUCGGCUGUCACAACCAGCAGACCCAGCCAAUCAGGAGAGAGCGACCCCUUGCUGUUUUCUCUGCUGGGCUGCUGAUUGAUGUCAUUCGUCCUGUGCAGGAACGAGCAGGUGACCCAGACUGAGACCAAUGAACAGGAAUGAAACUGAAUGUGAAACUCUGCAGCUCGACCGGCGCUGCACGCUGUAGCUUCCUCACGCUGUCACACUCGCUUUGUCUCUCUUUUUUUUUUAUGUGUGUGUGUGUGUCCUUCUGUUGCUCUUUUCUGGAUUUCCUUCUUGCUUUUUCUCAUCGUUACUCCUCCUUUCCUGUAGGUGCCUACUGCUGAUGCUUUUUACUGAAUAUUUUUAAGAGAUCUUUUUUAAAAAUCAAAUGUCGACUGAUGAGAGUAAUGAAUGUCGAAGUCUGUCUGCAGCCGUUCAGAUCUGCAGGUUGUUUUGGGUUCAAGUGACGAAACCUGAACCUCUCAUGUUUUUUUUUUUUUUAUUCCUGCCAUCAUUCAGGAAUCCAUCCAUCCCUCCAGUGAAAGAUAUGGACUGCUUUCCCCCCCGGCUUUAAAUAGCAGUGUACUUUAGUUUUGUUAAGGUGGAAGGUAGAUUGCAGAGGACGUUUGCUCUCUUGUUCAACGAUGUAAUGUUUUCUGUAGUUGCUAUUGCGUUGUCACGGUAACGUUGCAUCGGCCUGAACGUUUGUGACAGACAGGACGUCACGCACUACUGACCGAGCGCCCCGCGGGCGGCCCGGACGUGUCGCUGUGCAAAUAAAACAUUUCACUUGUUUAACCUGGA